GGUAACUGUGUGACUGAUGUGAAUGUGACUCUGGCGUUACUUUGUAUCUUUCUUCGGCGAAGUGGUUUAAUGGCUGCUGUUUGUUUUUUUAAACGUGUUGCUUGGUAGCCAUGACAUCGUAAUUCAGAGCCCCGGAGGGGUUCAAUGGGGGAACUUCUCACGUUUCUGUGAACUCGGCGACAACGAGGACGAACCCGGCUGUCCCACAGAAGUGUAAAAUGAUACUAACGUUACACAAAAGCGGCGAAAGUACAGUGUAGGCUACGAAAUAUUCAAACUACAGCAGUUAAAAGUGAAGUAAGCUAACGUUACUACAAACUCCCCUCGUUAGCACCAAAGACUUUAAGGCCAUUAAGGAAUAUUUAAGAUGCCUAUAAAAAAGCACUUGGCAUGAUGAAAUACGAUAUGAAAAGAAAUAGUGUGAAUAUAUGGAAAACGAAUUGAAGUACGAAUUAAAGACCAAAUAUUCAUAUUAUGUUUGGAAAAGUCACACGUGACGUUGAGUCACUGUGUGGUGAUGAAGUCAAACUGGAAACGUAACGGACAAAUUAGAGAAAUUUGCCUUGCUUUGCAUGAUUAAUCAGUACCAAAUGACACAGCUCCAGAAUGGCAUAACGUCGCUUUAUAUAACUGGACAAAUGAUAAAUACUGACUAAAAUGCCCAGCUUUAACUGCCCACAUUGUAAUGAUCACAUCUGCAAUAAACAUUCCCUCAAGCACAAUAAGAUCAUCAUAAAGUCACAGUGUGACAGCACAGACACACCUCAUCUGGGACUAUUUUACUCCUCGAGAAAGGUCAGUUGCACAAGCCCUGUGUUUUACGUUAGUGGGAGGGGUCUGCACUCACGUAAAGAAGAAAAAUUAAUUUGCACUUGCUUGACCUCACCCACUUCAAAGCAUUCAACAGGACUGGGCGCGCAAACAUGGCCGCCCCUCUGGUCUCCCAUGUGGUAACACACCCAUUGGGGGAAACGCAUCUUCUUCACUUCCUGGAUGUACUUGGACCUUGUUAUUCUACUCCAGCUAUAGCGAACCACCUCAAUAAAAUGUGCCUUCACUUUCUGCCCGAGAGCAUGAAUUACAAUGGCCGGACACAGUUGUCGGUCCCUCCUCCAGCAUUGACCCUCGUCGUCACUGGUUUUGACCUCUCGGAUAUUUUGAGAAUCUGUUCCUCUUGCUGCCAUUGCGGAGGCUCUUUACACUCAGUGUUGAGGUAUUUUAUCGCUCCCUCUGUAGUCAAGCGGGCGGUCGAGUCAUCUGCCUCUUCUUGUGUCUCCAUGUGGAGGCUUUCCACGGUGGGACUGGCCUGUAAAUGGGAGCGUCUGCCUUUUGAAUGUUGGCCAAGUAGUCACUUUGCUCAUUUUGUAACUUUUAUGCAUUAAAGGGAAUUUGCUCCAGCUUUACAGUGACACACUGGGAAUCGGGCGUUACCAGUGUUCUACCGGUGGCUCCGCUGGGAGAUUGUUGGCUUUUUUUGUGCCUUGCUCAUUAGCAUGUUGUAGAGGGAAGAGCAUCCAGUGAGUGCUUGGAUUUUAACCACCAACCAUUCGGUUCAUAAACCUUCCUUUUACCACAUUUGACUCAGCUCUUUUACAACCAUUCUAAUAUGUGUGUUUGCGUAAUCUGGGCGUGUGUUACGGCAUUUAUCAAGUGUAUGUAGGUUUCUCAGCUGUUCAAAUGAACAAAAGUCUCAACAUUAUUAGCUCAUGUGGUUUUUUUGCAGUACAAUGAUUUAAAGGGACGUGUGGAGGGUUUUCAUUUUAAGAUGCUGAAUAUGAAGUUAUAGCAAAUGCUGCUGUCUUCUUAAAGCAAUCCAUAUAGUCUUAAAUGUCCUGAAUAUCAGGACCGCCGUGCUGUUUUUAAUCAGUGGAAAUGUAAGACAGUAAUGACGAUCUUUAUAUGCAAAGAAAUACAAAAGGAAGAAUGUAAACCCCAUAAUGAGAUAUCGACACAUUCCACUGAUUGCAAGCAUCAGGAAGCAGCAGACGAGGCUACAGUUGAGUUUGCAUUUUUCCUCACAAGGCUAUCAGCGGAAGACUACACAACGGUUCCUGCUAAACAAAGAAACGUAUUAGUUUAGCCUCUUACGUGUCGCUGACGGCAAACUUUUAGGCUCAGUUCUGAGGCCGUCUCCAGUCAGGGGUAAGUAUUCAGCUCCAGCACAACAGACGCAUGAAAGAGGAGUUGGCCUUCCCAUUGAGAGCACCAUAAAUUACCAGGAGGAUUCUGCCGGCUCCAAGCUGAACCCAGCCAAUUUCUCAUCCUCACAAAGCCCCUAAGUUAAUGAUGAUGGAGGAUAUGCACGGUGUCAGCCUUGUAAUUACACCAUAUUUACUAUAGAAUGGAAGGAAGUCUUACAGGUACGAGGUGGCGAGGCGGGCUGAAUUCCCCCGCUGAGAUCCACAAUGAGGCCUUGACUCGCCUUUUUUGUUAUUGUUACGACUGGGAUCACUGGAAUCCUCUCAGCACGCCGAACGGCAGCCGCACUCGUUCCCAAACAGGAGCCACCUCUGCAGCUCGUACACAGUUUGUGCCCCCGGGGUGGACUUAUCAGGCAGACUUUGUUGUUAAUUGCUACUGUGCCUGUGGUGGUUCCACAUCUUUCUAAGAACUAAAAGCAUUUGUCAACUUUGCCGGCCAGAAGUUUGUCUUAAAAUAAAGCGUGUCUCUUGUAUGAAAAUGUGCAGCAGGGAAGGCAGGACGGUGAUUUGAGAGACCGUCCUGUUACCAAUCGUACAGGAGUGGAUCAUAGCACUGCUGUGCUGUACAUUCACCUUUACACAUUAUUGUUUACAUCUACGUUCUGGUUGAUCAGAUUGGGUCUUGUAAAUAUGCAUAAAGUGUCAUCUCACUCAGGUCUGAUAAUGGGAAAAAAAGAAGUCCUCCAGAAGUGGUCAGACUUGCAUUAAUGACAAUGUGUGGAUGCUAGAAGUCUCCAUGCGGACGGAAAUAAACCAUAAGUGUGCCGAUCCACCAGGAAGCAAACAAAAAACAAAAGGAAGACAUGACAAUGCAGUGAUGCAAAUAGAUACAUACUUGCAAAAAAAAACAACAGAUUGUCAGGUUGGAUGGAGUCUAAACCAGCUGGUGUAUUCACUGUUUGGUUCAAAGAUAUCUGGAAGAAACUCUUCUCCUGUGUACGCACUGCAGUCAGAUUUCAGUAAUGCAUACAGGAGAUGAUUACCUGUGAAUGGACUCCGUCGUGGGCUGAAGUGUGAUCCUUGUUGGAAGACUUACGCCAAACACAGAGACUCCUCUCUGCUGCUGAGAAACAUAUUCUGCCCGGGUUAAAGCACUUUUUUUUUUUUUUUUUAGGGCAUUUAAUGUCUUUAUUGAUGGUAAUAAGUGAAGAGAUGACAGGAGGACAACCGAAUAAAAAGUCAGUUGUACUGGUGUAAAAGUAUUCAGGCACAUUAACAGGUACUCUUCUUAAGUACAGUUGUGAGGCACUUGUACUUAACUUAAGUGUUUUCAUUUCAUACUACUUUAUACUUCUAUAUACUUUAAUACUACUCCGCUAGAUUUCUGAGGUAUGUUUUCACUCUGCCAGAUUCAUACAGCAGCUAUCGUUAUUAGUUACUUUGCAGAUUGACAUCACACAUGCAAGAUGUAUAAUCAUUUUAUAGAAUAUGAUCCGAUGUGACAGAUUAAGAUACCAACUUUAAACAAAAGCUGUUCAAAUUAGCUCCACCUGCUCCACCAGUUGCAACAUGAAACUAUGCAACUAAUGAUUAUUUAUGGAAAUCAAUGAAUCUACAUAUUAUUUUCUCAAUUAAUUCAUAGAUUGAUAGUCUGUAAAACAUUAGAAAACAGUAACAAGUGCUCUGGCGCUAUUUCAGAAAAAAACUAUAUUUAACACAUCUCCCUAUAAUAAAUGGUUGAGGUUGAGCGGCUGUUUCAUGGACACCGUCGUCAUCCACGAGACCUCCUCUCUGUGUGUUUUCGUGGCUCUCAUUACAGCGGAUUAUUUUGUCUGUUUGAUAGAUAAAGAGAGCGGAGAGAACCACAACACUUUAAUGUGCAGAAAGCAGAGGCAGGAUAGCUGUAGUCCCACCAGUGCCACCUGACCUGUGGCCCGCAGGCUCCGCCUCUCCUGUCUGACAUCAGCGCUUUGAUCUGCCUACUGUCUGUGUUAGCACAAAGCCAUAUUUAGCUCGGUGUAAUCAGUCCGGCGAGAGCUCGCAUGUCCGCUACUCAGGGAUGCCUGCCUAGUAUAAACACACCUGCUCUCCCCGGUGGACUUCCCAUGACUUUAAUGUGCACCUGAAGGAGUCUGCUCGCAGCCGUCGUCAUCAAACAGGCCGAGGUGUCCAGGGACAUGAAACUCAACCCACAGCAAGCUCCACUCUAUGGGCGGUGUGUACUCACGGUGCAGCUCGCUGAUGAAGAGCUGGCUGCUGCUGCUGCGGAGGAGGAGGAGGAGGAGGGAGUCGACUACUUCCUGCUGUUUGCUGGCAGCACACAGAGGCACCUGACCAGCACCCUAAGGAGCAGUCAUGACACCUUGCAGGCGCUGUGUCCCGCUCAUGACUGUUGCGAGGUGGUGUCGGUCACCUUGUGUUCAGCCAGCCGAGGUGUCCCCGAGUCCCCCGAGCACCUAAAGCCCUGUCUGGGUCGCGUGGCUCCAUUGGCCGAGCAUCGAUUCAGCUUUGUCCAGGAUUUGGCUUUUGACAUGGCCCAGUUCCUGGUGAGCACGGCGGGCCGGGCCGACGGCCUGGACGGGGCGCUGCUGCUCGACGAGUGUCAGAUUCCCGUGCAGGAGUGCGAGCGUCUGGACGAGACGCUGGCGCUGGCCCUCCACCACCUCGCGCUGCCUCCCGGAUGGAGCUUACUGGGGAACAAGCGAACCAACAGCACUGACCUGAAUCCUCAGGAGACUCUGCUGCACUUCUCAGCACGUCGAGGUCUCCUUCGGGUGACGCGCUUCUUGCUGCAGCAGGCCGGAGCAGGGGAAGCACUGCGAUUGGCCAACAGACAAGGCCACACGCCCUCCGCCGUCGCAGCCCUGCGAGGACACGAACGCCUGCACGAGCUCCUCGCGCAGGCCGAGACGGACAAAGGGGCCGAGACUGUCCAGCUGGUGUCCACGGACGCCCGGGUCGUCUGCCACCUCCCCGGGCUGAACACGCACACUCUGACGCUGAGCAACCGCCCCGGCCACGACCCCCCGACCCUCCGGAGGAGCGUGGAGCAGCUGCUGCACUUGAUACGCCGUCUCCAUGCCAAGGGAGUCUCUGCACUGGAGCUGAAGUUUGAGUCCCUGCACACAGCUGCCGAAUGUUGUGAUGGCGCAGAAACCGAGAUAACCUGUCUGGAGCAACUACAGCUGCCCGCCACGGCGUCAGAGUGCCUGGACACAACAAGAGGAGGGAGCUGGGUGGAGAACUGCUCUGUGGAAAGCCGCAGCGGUGUUGAUUGUGGACAUGGUGGGACUGGCAAGACUGAGAGGGACUGGAGUUUGUCCGUGAGCGCUCCAGCGUCAGAAGUGCGGCCCCGGGAGCAUGGCCUCAGCCCCCCAGCGGACUGGGUGUGUCUCGGCUCAAACACUGGGAGAGAUUGCUACCAGACGGAGCAGCAGCAGGGAAGGGAGCAGCUCGUGGUUUCCACACAGAGUUUGAGUUCGUGUGACAGGAGUGAAGGAGCGCAGAGCGGGGAAGAAGGGGCGAGCCUCACCGUGGGAAUCCCACCGCCGGCGAGCGGUGAUAAGUGGGCAGAGGAAACUGAUAGAGGAGAGGCCGUGAUCUGGGAAGGACAAGAGGCCACGAAGGGAGAGGACAAAUCAGAGCAGGAAGCAGAGGACAGCACAGCUACAAGGAGAGAGGAGGCGACCAACUCGGAGUCAACAGAUCUAGUAAAGCACUGCGGAGACACAAAGACGUCGGUCAUGGGCCAGUCGCCAUCAUCAGAGGGCUCAGGGGUAUCCGACGCCUCCGAUUCUGAAAUGAAGGAGUGCUCUCAGGAAGGCGGGACUAGUGGGAGACUUAGCCAGGAGCCCUGUGUCGGACUCUCUUUCCAGGAGGAGCAGCCAGAGCGUGAGGGGUUAACAGACCUUGUGUCAAACCCAGAGGGCCUCCCCAACCCUCCUCCGAUAGACUGCGGCGAUGUAAUUAGGGAGCCUGAAUCCGCUGUUCCACGCCUUCUGAUAGAAGGCCUCCACGAGGGGGAACCCACGCCAGACAUAAACAGCCUGGAACAAAACCAGGAAACAGCUGGCAGGGAUUACGCCACAGAGCAGCCGGGGGGCUCGGCUCCAGAAACUGGGAACUGCACUGGAACAGCGAGCGAUGAAGAGCUAGCGGGUGAAGACGCAGCCGAACCUGGACCCGGAUACGGUAUCGAAAGCACCUGUUUGCCCAUGGAGGAACCUGACACUACAGCCGAUAGCCGGACUGCUGGUAACUCCAAGGAGGAGCCGUCACCUGGAAUGACGCCCGGCUCCGGCGAUAGCCCCGCCGAUCAUGAUUCAGGGAUGACCCGCGGCCUCUCCAGCGACGACGAUGUCAGUUUCCAGUCAGUCGGAAGCUCCACGACAGAUAUAUUCCACCCCACUCUGGACAACGCUAGUAUGGAGGAUCAGGACGUGCUUCAAACCACGACGGCAGAUCUGUCGUCGACAGGAUUCACCAUGGAGGAACCAAAUGAUUCAAACCAGAGGGAAAGCGGCGAAUGCACACGAAUGAGCGUGGACGCAGGGCUCCCCACUGCCAGUGCACCGACAGUGACAGACCGCAGCCAGGCCGGCACUGAGCCUGAGUCACAACUGUCUCCGGGCCUCAACACAAUGGAGGCUUUGAAUCUUGAAGGGACGGGAGAGAAACUCUCCCCAGAACUUCCCAAAGGGGAUCUGUCGCUAGGUCCGGCGUUGUCAGAGAGCGGGGAUGCCGGCGACUCUAAGCUGAACACAGGGACUGAGCGUUCGGAGUCAGAGGUCACCAGUAGGGUUUUAUCUGAACCCGAUCAGUCUGUCGCAGGAGGAAGUGAAGGAGGCCAUCAGUCAACAGAGACCUGUGGCGAAUCUGCAGUGGCCUCAGCUGAAAAGAGUGGAGAAACGCAACCCGAGCAGGAUAAUUCUGAGAUGACAUCGGAUGUGAGGUCACCCGAUGAGGAUCGGAUCAUUGCGUCAUCAUCGCAAGGUGCCACCGCCUUGGAAGGAGAGCCAGCUUCUCCUCGCCCUGAGAACGAGGUGACUGAAAACCCAAAGACUCCCGAUGCUGUGGACGGAGCAUCGCGAGGCCGCAACGGUGCCGUUCAAGAGGUGGAAGUCAUCAUGUCUGCAGAAACAGUAAUUGGUGCAGCGGAGGAAGAAAAUGACCCCCCAGAGGAAACAGACGUCUCCACGAUCCACCGAGACAGAGAGGCGUCGUUCCAUCAGCCCUGCAACACUCAGCACUCAGGAUCCUCACGGCCUCCAGCGUUCCCCAGUUUGCCCAGCAGAACCAGCAGUGCCACCAGCUGUCCUUCCGCAGCUAACAGAGACUGUGGCAGCGACAUCGACAGCCUCCUGAACGCAGAGCCAGGAUAUGACAGCGUCUUCAGAAAGAACGAUGAACCAGUGACAGGAGGAGACAGCGCCAGCGAGGUCUCCGUCUCCUGUUCCUCCACAGACGACGCCGCCAGUGUCGGCCCGUCCAGCUCCAGUCUCGAGGGCAGCCAGGGCCUGGAAUGCAGCUGGAGCCCAGAGGAGGCUGGGGCUCCGAUCGCUGCAGGACUAGACAGUGGUGGUGGUGGUCUUGGAGGAGCUGGGGAAGCUGAAGAAGAAGCCAAAGACAGAGUGACGGAGGUGCCACGGCGCUCCAGUAUCCUCCGGAACAGCAUCCGCUCCCUGUCGCCCCUUCGCCGCCACAGCUGGGGUCCCGGAAAGAACAACGGAGGAGACGCAGACAUGAACCAGAGAAGCUCCGUCCAUAGCCCUGGUGAGAGGAAGCCGACCUUUCACAGGAGAAGCUACAGCCUGGAGGGGCUCAGCGGAGCCCAGGAAGAGCCGAGGAGCCCCACCGCUCAGGGGCCCCGAAUCCUGGAGCCUUCAAGGAUGCCCCGGCAUUACAGCGAUGACAGGGGCUCCCUGGUGUCUCUGACAGAGGAGCGGGAGGAGCUGGGGCAGCAUGGCAGAAUGCAUGACCUGAAAUCAAGGCGGUAUCGGCCUCUGCGAAACAGCUGUCCUCCCAUGACCCUGCCCCUCACCAAGUCCGUAUCCAUGCUUGCCAUCAGCCAGAGAGACAUUGAUGUGGGACACCUAAGACGUAAGAGGCGAAUUUCCUUCUCUUUCAGCCUUUCCCCCAUCCUCACCAAAUCUAAGUCUCAGUACCUUUAUGGGGACUCCUCAUCUAGCGAUGAUGAGGAUAACUUGAGAAUGAGGUCGUUGUCCAGCGCCUCUGGGUCGCUAGCGUACAGUAUAUCAGAGGAGGAGCCGGGCCCUCUGCGGAGCGACACCGAGGGAAAGAGCGUGACGAAAGUCAGCCGAACAUUCAGCUACCUCAAGAACAAGAUGUACAAAAAGACCAGGGAAAAAGACCGCGAUAAAAGGGAGAAGGACAAGGAGGUCAAGGAGAAGGACAAGAAGGCGAUCAACGGCCAUCUAUUCACACCAGUCAGCUCAGGCCAGGCAGACCAGUGCUUCCAGUGCAAUAAGGCUUUCAACGGCAAGGAGGCGUUCCAGUGCACGCACUGUAAUGCCUCCGUCCACAAGAGCUGCAGGGACAGCCUGCCUGUUUGUGCCAAGGUGAAGAUGAAGUUGCCCAAACAGCAGUUUGCAGUACCAGAUUCAAGCACUUUUCCUACAGUCACGAUGAGGAACAAAUCUGGUGGGACAAGGGAGCGCCCCUGGUCUGCAAUCUUGUCCCCCGAAGACCAUUCUUCCCUGAUGAACCCAUCACGGAGACACACCAGCAUCAUGGCUUUCCAUGGCAACAACCUCUCCAAGAGUCUCUCCAUAAGCAACAUCGCUGGUCCGGUGUUCGACGAAAUGCCCAUUAAAGGCCUGCGGUAUCUCUCCCAGUCUACUGACUCCCUCAACAGAACCAACCAGGUCACAGAGUCCAUGGAAUCACUCACUGAUGAAGGGACGGAGAUGAUGGACGGCCAGCUGAUGGGGGAGUUUGAGGCAGAGGCCAAGGAGCUGGAAGCUGACUCCUGGAGUUUAUGUGCGGAGCAGCAGUACCGGCAGCAGCUGGACAAAGAGCUGGUGAAGAGACAGGACGUGAUCUAUGAGCUGAUGCAGACGGAGAUGCACCACAUCCGGACGUUGCGCAUCAUGUCCGAGGUCUACAGCAAAGGCCUGCAGAAGGAGGUGCAGCUGGAGCUGCAGACGGUGGAGAAGCUGUUCCCCGCUCUGGACGAGCUGCUGGAGCUCCACACGCAGCACCUCCUCCGGCUCCUGGAGAGGAAGAGGGAGAGCCAGCUGGAGGAGGGGAGCUCGGAGGGAGGCUUCAUCAUUGACAGGAUAGGGGACAUCCUGGUCAGCCAGUUCUCAGGGUGCAACGGCGAAAGCAUGAAGAGGGUUUAUGGAAGAUUCUGCAGCCGCCACAACGAAGCCGUGAACUUCUACAAGGACCUCCUGACCAAAGACAAACGCUUCAAGGCCUUUAUCAAAAAAAAGAUGAGUAGCAGCAUUGUGCGGAGGCUUGGUAUCCCAGAAUGCAUCUUGCUGGUGACCCAGAGGAUAACAAAGUACCCGGUGCUAAUUCAGAGAAUGCUGCAGCACACUAAAGAAGGCGAGAAAGACCACGAGGACCUGACGGACGCUGUCCGGCUGGUGAAGGAGGUGAUUGCCGCGGUCGAUAGCAAGGUGAACGAGCACGAGAAGAGACACCGCUUGAAGGACUUCCAUGGCCGCAUGGACAUCAAGUCCAUCAUGAUGACGAAGAGUGGCCAGAUCUUUGCCAGAGAGGAUCUGCUGAGGAGGAGGCUGAUCCACGAUGGAGUGCUGCAGCUGAAGAACAGCCAGGGGAGACUGAAGGAUGUACACGCUCUGCUGCUGUCGGACGUCUUCGUCUUCCUCCAAGAGAAAGACCAGAAAUAUGUCUUCGCCAUGCUGGACCAGCGCUCCACGGUCAUCUCCCUCCAGAAGCUGAUCGUGAGGGAGGUGGCCAACGAAGAGCGCGGCCUCUUCCUCAUCACCGCGGGCAUCGAGAAGCCAGAGAUGAUGGAGGUCCUGGCCAGCUCCAAGGAUGAACGCAACACCUGGAUGCAGCUCAUCCAGGAGGCCAUGCAGUCCAUGGAGAAAGAUGAAGACGAAGGGAUUCCCAGUGAGACGGAAGAUGACAAGAGACAACUGGAGACGAAGGCCAAGGAGAUGCGAGAUCUGUUGAGGCAGAAGGACACAGAGAUCAUGUCUCUGCUGGAGGAGAAGGUGCAGCUCUUCAGGGGGAUGUGGGAGCCUCUGAACCCAGGCGAGGAGGUCUACCGGCAGGUCCAGCCUUUCUUCAGGUCGGCCUGCAGCCUGGAGCCACCCAGGGGGGCGUCCAUCAUGUCGGAUGCCCUGCAGGAAGUGGAGACGCUGCAGGGGCUGGUGAACGGCAGCCUGGGCGGGGCGAUAGCCAGCGUCCAGGAGGGAGGGGUAGCGGGGGCGGUGUGUUUGCCCCGUCGUGCCGAGACCUUCGGAGGCUUCGACAGCCACCAGAUGCACAGCAGCAGGAGUGGAGACGGCGAUGAGAGCGAGGAUACGGCGGGAGAUCUGCGCAGGACGGAGUCCGACAGCGUUUUAAAGAAGGGAGGAAACGCCAACCUGCUACUGAAGAGGAACAGUGAGCAGGUCCUCCAUCGUGUCUCCAAUCUGCAUCUCCUGCUCAGCACCCUGCAGGCAGUGGUGGUCCAGCAGGACAGCUUCAUCGAGGACCAGCGGCAGGCCCUGAGCGAGCGCUCCUCUGCCUCCUCCUCCUCCUGCGCGUCGUCGUCGCGGCCGUCCUCGCGGCCCAGCUCGCUGAUCGAGCAGGAGAAGCAGCGCAGCCUGGAGAAGCAGCGGCAGGAGCUGGCGUCGCUGCAGAGGCAGCAGGCGGCUCACGCCGAGGAGAAGAGGAAGCGGGAGAAGGAGUGGGAGACGAGGGAGCAGCAGCUGACGGAAAGGGAGGGGCAGGUGCACGUACAGCAGGAGGAGGAGGUCCUGAAGCGGCAAAAGGAGCUGGAGGAGGAGAAGCAGGGCCUGCAGGGUAGAAAGGAGGAGUACCAGAAAGACCUGGAGCGGCUGAGGGACGCCCAGAGGAAGCUGGAGAGGGACAGAGAGGCCGUGCAGCGGCAGCUCGACAACAUGGAGGAGCUCCGCCUGUCUGAGAGGGCUUCCUCUACGACGUCGGAUGAAUCCCAGUUCCCCAGCAGCUCCCAGUCUCUGGAGCUGGACCCGCCGGAGCUCUCCUCCUCCUCCUCCCUGCUGAGGUCUAAGCCCAAAGGGAAAGGCCUCAAUCCCUUCACCUCAUCCUCCACCAACCUCAAAGGCGGCGAAGCCAACAGCCAGAUGUCAAAAAGCCUGCUGCAGCUGGCCAAGAACAAGAGCAAAGAGGGGAAGGAGAAGGAGAAGGAGAAGAAGAAGAAGAAGGGCAAAGGGGGGAGCACGCCGGAAGCAGACCCCUCGCACCUCCCGGAGCCUCCUCUGGAUGGAGAGAUCUUCUUCUGCUGAGAGACGUGGUUCUCCUCCUCCUCCUCAUCAUCAUCAACCAGUCACAGCCAUUCAGGAGGAAUAUGUUACUGCCAAGUAGUAAUACAUUCAUCUCCAUGCGUAAUACUGCAGUGUACUACCAGGCUUUUUGGCACCUUGAAAAGACUUUUAUUCUCCGCAUUAUGAGGUAGAGCAAUUUAACAUUAAAUGCAACAAAAAGACAGGAAAAUAGAUUUAUUUUUUGUAUCGUAAAAUCCACUGCUUUUAGUCUCUGGGAAGUCUAAUGCUUUAGGGAUUCUGUGCGCGAGUAGACAUGCAUACUUGCAUGAAAAACGGGCAACGUGGAAUAGCUGCACAUUUUGGGGUAUUCGGUUUCCUUUUCCAAAGACACCAUGGUUACGUGAUUCAUUUCUUCAUUUGGAGGAAUCAUGAAUUUGUGAGCAUCAAAUCGAAAGCGUUUCACAGCAGGCCGCCCUCACAAGCUCUGCCAAGUGCAUCUCAGGCUCCGCUGCCUUUUCCAGUUUUUCCGGUGUUUGUUGCGGCCCCGGCCUUUCAGCGGUCCGUCCUGGUGUAGAGUUGCACACCAACACACACAGCCGAUACCCAAAAGGCCAAAAGUGGAAAUAGAAAUGAAUGCCAACAAGCUCCGGGUGGCACUGGAAGCUCAUCACUCCUGAUCAUCUAUUCUUGACAAUUAAUCAGAAGACUGAAGCCACGGAGGAAAAUCUGCCGAAACCAGGUGUCCUCGCAACAUGUCUCAAUCAAAAGAAAGAAAUGCUACUGUAUGGAAAACAUUCCUUUACUCACUGCUUGAAAGGCAGGUUUGGUCCACGCAUUUUGCCUCCUGUUAGUACUUAAAGUGGAAUUGAAAUACCUUCGGUAAUCUUCUAUAAAGACUUUAUGCCAUCAAUCGUGUUCCCUGGCUCCGUGUUAAUUUAUUUGAAGAAUGAGCAUCUCCAUUUUGGAGUGAAACUCUUCAGAUGCGUGCGUCUCCUUUUCCAGACUCAACAGUGAUGAAAGGACAGAGACAUCUUCCGGUGUCUAAUGGAUCAAUUCAUAUCCUUUAGUGUGUUUCAGAGCCGUGGAUGGAUAUUAGCCUGAUCCUUGCUUUAUCUCCCUGUCAAUGGGCUUUUACGCGGCCCUCAUCUCAUCCCAGCGCUGACGAGUGGAGCUUUCCUUUUCCUUUUCUUUUUUUUUUAUUGCGUGUAACUCUGCAGGUAGCAUACUAAUGGCUCCUGUGUGUGAGAGUGCAGCGGUUCUGAUAAUAGACUCUGUGAAUGCACGCGCCUGAUGCUUUCAGAAUACAGGGGGCUGUUAAUCAAGGGACAAAGCAGCUGGUUAGAGGAAGUAAACACACCAAAUGACGCUCUGUUUGGACGUCUAAUCAGGAAAACCGGCUCAGUGUCUGAUCAUUUCAAAUUAACCGACACUCAUUGGUGUUGUGAAGCACUUUGGUCCAAAUAUGUUCAUGCAAUUUUCUUUUUUUUAAUCAGUGUGAGAUAUCAAUCAAGGAGAUCUUUGUAUUCUGUAUUUCUUUUUGUAAAUCGAGGGAUUUGAUGCUCACAAAAAGCAACGGCGAUCCAAAGCGAGAUAACGUGUUGAAGUACAUAAAAGACGCUGCGUUUUGUUGAAACGGGGGACGGUAGCUUUUAUGUAGUGCUCCCACGGUGACUUGUCUAACGUGUCUAAUUUCUUUAAGCCUGUGUUUUAUCCCCACUAAGCCCAGAUUGUGGGCCCCACACACACACACACACACACACACACACACACACACACACACACGCACUACCUGCUGGACAGGUAGGAAGUAAAAAACAGAAGAAGUUUUAAAAAAAGAAAAGGACCAUUUUCCGGUGAAUUACAGAGCAGCGCCACUGAACUGCUUUCCGGCUGCCUCUUUUGUCUCGUGUUUAAGUGCUCGUCUGUUAACUGUGUCGAGGAUUUGACUUUGUGUCCGGGCCUGGUUUUAUUAUAGUGUGUCUUCUAAGAGGCUUACGAGGCCAGCCAAUUAGUUGCUUCAUGUCUUUUGUUUAUGGCUUUUUGGAGUAAUCCUGUCAAAGAAACAGAGAGGAAUGGGCUUCUUGUUUUGUUUCUCGGUUGCUUUACGUGUGUUUCUGACCACUAGGGAGCACUGCACCUGUGACUAAAUGUGUUCCCUCCCUCACACAACAACAACUAGAAAGUAUGAAACUCUGUUUUUCUUCAAUUUUUUCUUCAUAUUCUUCCUGCUGUGAGAAAUGGACCUAUAUUUCUCAGCAGGUCAUCCAUCGCCGUACAGAGAUAAUGUGAUGAGAGUGGGCUCUCACGCUCUGUGACAUUUUGCCCACUGCAUUUGUAAUUGACUGCCGACACAAAUAAGUUAAUAAGUUGUCAGAGAUUGUAAUUGGUUAUUUUCGGUGGAACCAGUCAGCGGCAGCUUUAUUGUGGGGAAAAAACAAAAAAAACGAAGACAUAGCGGUCGGUGGGAGCGACCUGGCAGAACCACAAACCUCUCUCUGUAAAGGACAAUCAGCAGACACGAGUCAGGAAACUCCCUCUCUGAUGAUGAUGAUGAUGAUGAUGAUGAUGGGGCUGUCCAUGAGACGGUUGCGUCCACCAGGUGAACCCUGCGUAGCCUUAAAUCUUAAACGAUAAAAUGCACUAGAGUAGAGCCGAGCAUCUUCUCAGGAGAGAGAGAUCAUUUAUACCUCUGCUUUGAGACGAAGGAAGAGUUUUGCACCGUAAAAGUGGUGCAGAUUUGUUUCAUUCCCAACAAUGUAAAAAAGGGCAAAGACAAAUAUGUAAAUAUGAUUUAUGUAUAAAACAAAUCAAAUGUACAAAAAAAAGAAGUUUCAUUUGUGAUCUAUUACAACAUUUUGUAAGAAUGUUUUAUUUAUGUUUUAUUCUCACCCAUGGGGUGAUGUAAAGUCACAUUUCUCUCAUAAUAAACAAAAAAAAAUCA